AUGCAGAUCAAGCCAGCUCUCGUCGCACUCCUCUCCGCCUCCCUUAUCGACUUUGGAGCUGCCGCCUACUGUAACACGAGCCAACUCAUCCAUAUGGAUGUAAUAGGCACCUGUGACUGCAGCCCAGAACCCAAAGGCUGCUCUACACCGUGUCCCGGGUGCGGAGUCACACCCACAAAGAACAUACGCAACUGCAAUGGAGGCUGCGAGGAUAGCGAAUCCGACUGCGCCGCAUGCGGCAUCUGGUUCCAUACUCUCUGCAACUGCCUGCAACACCCACUCAAUUGCCAGAAUAGCGGCACGAUACAGAAAUACGGCGCGCCGGUGUGGGUGCUGCUGGAAACGCCGCCGGGCGAUCACAAUCUCGUCACGACGACGCAAUUCCUCCCCGGCAUUCGCCAAAUGAAUGCCGGACACGACGAAGCCUGGCUCUUCGCCCAGCAAAAAUUCGACAAGACGUCCGAGGCUCUCGCCAUGAACCCGGUCGUAGUGAGAACCAUGGAGCAAGUCCACAUCCAUGUUUGCCCCCGUAACACAACCACGGCCAGCAUGCUCGGCAAGAUAACCGCCUUUAGCUCCUCGAAGCUUGUGCAGCUGGCGGACGACAAGGAAAUGUACUGCCUCGGGAUCGACCAUAGCGUCGACGUUAAAGGAUUCGCUGGCCUUGUGGCUGAUUUUAUAAACAGCCCGCCGCCAAAUGUGUGCAAAGACAUGGUUGGCGCGGCUAUUAUCGAGGACGACAAGAGUCGAAGAUGGGCGUGCGCUACUACGAACCGUCAAGGACCUUUGGGUAAAUGUGGACAUGGUCGCGGUCAUAUGAUGUCUGGUGCCAUGGGCGGCGCUGGAGGCGCUGGCUCCAACGACCGGAUCGCCCUAGACCGGGCUGGCAAGUCUCAGGGCGUCUUUUCCGGUACUUUAUUAUGGAGCGCAGACAGAAAUUACUGCGGUGGUGAACUGGUGCUUACACGCUCAACUAUCAUCUCAGGGCCGUCCGCUGACAACUCAACUGCUCUGAUCGAACGGCACAAAAUCAGUAGUGGAUAUAUGCGCGAUGCCAUCAUCGGCCUUGCGGAUGGCCUCACGGUGCCAUUCGCCCUGACGGCUGGGCUGUCCUCAAUCGGCUCCUCGAAACUGGUCAUUGUCGGUGGUCUUGCUGAACUAUUUGCUGGCUCUAUCAGCAUGGGGCUUGGAGCGUACUUGGCCACCUCGACGGAGAGGAAGCAUUACCAGAUCGAGCUUGACCGCGAACGUCGCCAGGUCACCAUGUCGGCCGAUCAAGAAGAAGAGAUUAUGGUCAAGAUAUUCGAAGGCUACGGUGUUGGUAGAGAGGAGCUCCGACCGCUGGCGCGGCGGCUGAGAAGUGACGCAGAUGCAUGGAUUCAGUUCAUGAUGGACUUUGAGCUCCGACUAGAACGGCCGGGGCAAUUGAAACCCUGGCUAUCUGCGAUCGUCAUGGGCCUUGCGUAUUUUCUCGGAGGCCUUAUUCCGAUGAUUCCGUACUUCGCCCUCGCGGUCAAGGCCGCCCUCUUCGUCUCCAUUGGGCUCACUGCUGCCAUGCUCACUCUAUUCGGGUUUUUUAAGGCGACGAGCAUGGGGUUAGCUCGCCGUGCAGCUGCUUUCAGCUCUGCGGAGACGUUGUUGAUUGGGGGUUUGGCGGCUGCGGCGAGCUCCGGUAUUGUCAAGGGCGUCGAUUCUGCUAUCCAAGUGAACCCUGGAGGCGUCUGA